AUGGAGACGUGGGGCGAAAUGGGAACAGCAAAAUGGAAAGAAAAAGGAAAUCAUAAUCAGGUUUCUCAACAAGAUGCCGUCAGGGUAACAAGAAGAAAACGUACCUGGCAGAUUACAACUCGUCUUGGCUUCACCUACUCGAGGCUACUAGACCCCAGCACCACGAUGAGGUGCGAGUUGCUCGCUGGGGGACAGCACGUUGAAGUACUGUCCCACGGUCCUGUUCGGUCAGACCGUGGAGGGCCCUUGCGGGAACCCCCUAGCCAGAGGCUACAUCAGAACGGCUUGCGCGAUUCUGGGAUUGCGUUUGAUCGCCAAGGUCUGCAUGCCCAGGGCGACGAAGGCGCACUUCGGCGAUCCACCCAUUUCCCUCCCGCGAGGGCAGGCGAUCCAUCGUUGCUAAGAGUUGUCCCAGGAUCAAGGUCUGCUUUUCCUGCUCAGCUAGGAUCCCUCUCAGCUCUCCUGUCAAACCCCGGAGUACAAUGGGGAGAUCCAGUAUCGCUUCAGCCAAUGGAUCUGACCGGGUUGACACAGAAGUCGGAGUCCGGUUAUGGUCACGGCGACCAGAAAGAUUCCGAAUGGCGCUGCCAAGUCGGAGAAGAGGAGCUCUGAAAAACCAAG